AUGCCCUCUCGCACUGACUCUCCUCUGAACAUUGCCAUUAUUGGCGCCGGUCUUGGUGGCCUCUCGGCUGCAGUGGCCCUCCGGCGUCAAGGGCAUUCUGUGACGGUGUAUGAGCGAUACGAUUUCGCGGGCGAAGUGGGAGCCUCGUUAAGUGCUGCUUCCAACGGAUCAAGGUUCCUCGAGCAAUGGGGUGUGGACGUCAAGGCCGCAAAACCGGUGAUUCUGAAAAGACUGAUUAUGCACGAUUGGUCUACUGGGGAGGUACAAAGCGAGUACGGAUUAGGAGACUACAAAUCGAAGUUUGGGACUGAUUACAACAACUUCCAUCGGAUCGAUAUCCACAAAGAGCUUCUCAAGUCGGCCUUUGAAGAGCCCGGCGAAGGACCAAAGUGUACCCUCGAAGUGAAUCAUAAAGCCACUGCGCUUGACGCCGAAGCCGGUAUCAUCCAAUUUGAAAACGGCGUGUCGGCGACAGCCGAUCUGAUCGUCGCGGCGGAUGGCAUUCGUUCUUCCUCUCGUAACCUAAUCGGAAUCACCCCCAAUUUUACCAUGUCCACCUCAUGUUGCUACCGCUGCAUCAUCGGUGCCGAUAAACUGCGCUCCCUCGGACUCGACGAUUAUAUCUCCAACGAAGCCAUCGAGUAUUGGGGCGGGUUCGGCAUCGACAAGAUUGUCAUGUCGCCUUGUAGCAACGGCGAGGUCGUAAGCUGCUACUGCUUCUACCCGGCAGCGUAUAAUGAACUCCGUGACGAUGGGUGGAAUAUCUCCGCGACGCCCCAACAACUGGUGGAUACAUUCCCCGGUUUGGAUCCGAGGAUGAAGAAGUUGAUGUUGAACGCGGAGGAUAUAAAAAUGUGGCGAUUGUAUCGACAUGAACCCUACCCGUACUGGGUUAAGGGCAAGGUUUGUCUUCUCGGUGAUGCUGCCCACCCAAUGAUGCCGGAUCAAUCCCAAGGGUCUUGUAUGGCUUUCGAAGAUGCCGGCGCUUUAGGCCUGGUUUUCCACCGCACAUUCCGCGAACAAUACAGUGUCACCGAAGGACUGGGCUUAUAUGAAAAGCUGCGCAAGCCGAGAGCAACCCGCGUGCAGGAAGCCAGUUUUAGGGCUCGAGAAGAUCUCAGCGAACGCAUUGGUUGGAGUUCAUCAGCCGAUCGGCCUGGGAAGUUGACGAUUGAGGAAGUUUGUGGAUAUGACAUGCGAAAGCAUUUGGAUGAGUUGGUCGCUGCGAUUGCACAGUAG